AUGUCGUCUCGCAUGUGGGAAGUUGAUCCAGAGACGAGGACCAAGCUCCUCCAGAUCUCCAAGACCAACGGAAACGAAAAAUGCUGUGACUGCGGCGCACCAUCACCCCAAUGGGCCUCGCCCAAAUUCGGAACCUUCAUUUGCCUCAACUGCGCCGGCACCCACCGCGGGCUCGGCGUCCAUAUUUCCUUCGUCCGCUCCAUCACCAUGGACGCCUUCAAGCACGCCGAGAUCCAGCGCAUGGAGCUUGGCGGGAACGAGCCCUGGAAGAACUUCUACGACGCCCACUCCACAGUCAUCUCCGAAGGCCGAACCUUCGAAGACUCCACCAUCAAAGAGCGCUACGAGGGCGACGCCGGUGACGAGUGGAAGGAGCGCCUGUCUUGUAAGGUCGAGGGCCGCGAAUACAUCCCCGGCCAGGAGAAGAAGAACGCCAGCGCGACGCCCGCCUCGCGCUCCGGCACACCACUGAGCGGCGGCGCCCGUACGGGCUCGCCCGCCGCGUCGUCAAUCCGCUCGCAGGACGGUCCACGCGGAGGAGGCCCGUCCUCCAAGAAAGAGCAGAACGAGGCGUACUUCGCGAAGCUGGGGUCCGACAAUGCGAAUCGCUCGGACACGCUGCCGCCCUCGCAAGGUGGCAAGUUCACCGGGUUUGGAGGCGGGAUGCCUGCGCCUGCGGCGGGGGAGCGCCGGUCGUCGCCGUUCGGAGGCUUUGGCGGGUUUGGAGGGGGCGGUGGUGGAGGUGGGCCGGCGUUUGAUGAGUUUCAGAAGGAUCCUAUGGCGGCGCUGAGCAAAGGAUUUGGGUGGUUUACGUCGACAGUGGGCAAGAGUGCGAAGCAAGUGAAUGAUGCAUAUCUCCAGCCUACGGCCAAACAGCUCGCGGAAUCAGACUUUGCGGCGCAGGCGCGCGUGCAGGCUGCAAGCUGGGGACAGAACUUGCAGACGGGCGUGCGCGGUGCCGCAGACUCGUUUAACCGGUUUGUUGAGGGCACUGACGAGGACCGGACUGGACGAACUCGCGUCGAGCCUGAGCGGAGAGAUUUCUGGGAUGACUUCUCGUCCAUCGGGGCGCAGGAAAGAGCUGGCCACCAGCGCAGCGGCUCCCGGUCAGGUGUUAUUGGCACGGCUGCGAUGCGGAAGGGCCCUGCUGGCUCUGCAUUAGCCAACUCAUCUACUCCACCAGCGGCCGUAGACCCUAACCCUUCGGGUGGGAUAGACCAUGGAGAGACGGGUACGACGGCCUCGACUACUACGAAGAACAAGGAUGACUGGGAUGAGAAUUGGUAA